GAUUCCUAAAUGUUAUUGGAAGCUCGCCUUCUGAUCAAUUCAGCCAAGCUACGAGACUUCUGAUACUAUCCUCCUUCCUUCCCAAAGAUCGAGCUGAUUCACGAUGGAUCUCGUUUUCAGUAGACGUCAGUCUACUGAAGCGUCAGUGCUAUCUAUCACCUGCAAUAGGAUAAGCAUAGCAUCGUUCUUGUGUUUCUCUGUCUCAGAUUAGGGACUUGAAUAUCUCGAGGUGAUGGCUACUGCGGAGGUCAAUGUUCAAGAGCUUUUGUUCACACAAGAUUCCAUCAGUUGUUAUUUCAGAAAGCCUCGUGAAGAUCAACGGAUUGAUGACACUGUGGAUUCGCUCUUGCAAGGGGUGAUUAAAGUGAUAGAGUUCCCCCCCUCCAAGUUGUGAGACAUGAAGGACACCUGUGGUCGCUGGACAACAGACGGCUCUGGAUUUUUAAGAAGGAUAAGAUCUCGACUGUGACUGUAAACAUUGUUCCUUACGGUCGGCAUCCUCGAUUUGCACAAUCUAUGAACAAUUUGGAGCUGAAGGCCAAGCUGGAGAAGAAUUCAUUCUGGCCCAAAGUACGAGGCAAUUGUCGGAAGACAUUCACAAUGCGAGGACGAUGGCAGCCUCGUAAAGGACUCCCAUUUUCAUCCGCAGCAACUGAUCAGUCACUGAUGUCCGCCAAGACAGCCCAUUUGUCUUCGACUUUGCCCCCGCCUCCAUCUUUUACUGGUCCUGUAGUUCUUCCAGGGCAAACACCAAAGCCAUAUCAUAUGAUAAGUGAUGUGCAAUAUGCUAACGACAAAGAUAAGCUUCUCGCCGCUAUCCAGCGGGACCUUUUUCCUCAUUCAUCGUCGCAGUCUCCAUACGCUCCAGUAUUGUAUACCGAAUUGAUUCGGAGUUGCGACAAAGAUGAGCUUCUCGCCACUAUCAAUCGGGACCUUUUUCUUCAUUCAUCGUCACAGUCUCCAUCCGCUCCAGUAUUGCAUACCAAAUUGAUUCGGAGUUGCGACAGAGAUGAGCUUCUCGCCACUAUCAAGCGGGACCCUUUUCUUCAUUCAUCGUCACAGUCUCCAUCCGCUCCAGUAUUGCAUACCGAAUUGAGUAGGAGUUGCAAAUCUGACCACGUUGUCGACAUUCCUACACAUUCCUAUGGUUCUCCUGAGACACGUCAGGAGAAUGGGUGUGUCUUCAGUCCAGAUUGUCUUUCCAUUUUGACAGCCUUGUUUUUGAUUGUAGUGUUCGGUUUCGGUUUGGGUUUAGCUUUUAAGUGAAGUUUCUAGGAAUCCCAUUCUCAUCCGCAGCAACUGAUCAGUCACUGAUGUCCGCCAAGACAGCCGAUUUGUUUUCGACUUUGCCCCCGCCUCCUUCUUUUACUGGUCCUGUAGUUCUUCCAGAACAAACACUAAAACCAUAUCGUAUGAUAAGUGAUGUUCAAUAUGCUAACGACAAAGAUAAGCUUCUCGCAGCUAUCAAGGGGGACCUUUUUCUUCAUUC